CCGAGCGAGGCCAGUUUCCUCCGGCUCCCACCCGAACUCCUGCCGCGGGCUGGUUGGGAUCCAGGGCACCUGGAGCCUUCCCGCCCCUCCAUCUCCGCUUCCGACUUCAGCCCCGGGCCGAUGUAGGCACCGGGAGCAAAAGGCGAGAGUGGAGGGAGACGCAGGCCUCCGGAGACUACGGAGUAGCGAGGGCAGGUUUCGGGGAGAGCUGAAGGGCGCCACACAUUUCCUCGGGCGAUAACCAUCAGCGCUUGUCAGGUGGUGGUGCGGCAGAGUGUGCGCGCGCGCAGGGAGGAGGGCGAGGGGGCGCGCUCACACAAAGUUUGUGCUGCGGUGCGCCGCGGUCGGGCUCGCCCAGCUCGGAGAGCGGCAGGUGGGCGGCCCGGACGAGAAGACCCGGGGCGGAGGAGCUCGGCAGGCGGCGGCGGCGGUGACGGCGGCGAUGCGCCGCGCCCCGCCGAGCCAGUCCCGCCGCGCUGGGUGAGGUGGCUCGGGGAGCGCGGCUGCGGCCAUGGGCACCCUGGGCAAAGCGAGAGAAGCUCCACGGAAACCGUCUCAUGGCUGCAGAGCAGCCCCUAAAGCGAGACUAGAGGCAAAGCCCGCCAGCAGCCCCCUCCCCUGCCAUCCCGGCCUGGCCCAGAUCACCCAGUUCCGAAUGAUGGUGCCUCUGGGACAUUUCGCCAAAGGAGCCAGCCUGGACGAUCUCAUCGACAGCUGUGUUCAAUCUUUUGAUGCAGACGGAAACCUGUGUCGAAGUAACCAACUGUUGCAAGUCAUGCUGACCAUGCACCGAAUUCUCAUUUCCUCUGCUGAACUGCUCCAAAAAGUUAUCACUCUCUAUAAGGAUGCCUUGGCAAAGAAUUCACCAGGGCUUUGCCUGAAGAUCUGCUAUUUUGUAAGGUACUGGAUAACAGAAUUCUGGAUCAUGUUUAAGAUGGAUACCAGCCUGGCAAGCACCAUGGAGGAGUUUCAGGAACUGGUGAAAGCAAAUGGUGAGGAGCUCCACUGCCGCCUGAUUGACACAACGCAAAUCAAUGCCCGUGACUGGUCCAGGAAACUGACCCAAAGGAUAAAAUCGAACACCAGCAAGAAGCGGAAAGUCUCCCUGCUCUUUGACCAUCUGGAGCCAGAAGAACUGUCUGAGCACCUCACUUUCCUAGAGUUCAAGUCCUUCCGGAGGAUAUCGUUCUCUGAUUAUCAGAAUUACCUUGUGAACAGCUGCGUGAAGGAGAACCCCACCAUGGAGCGGUCCAUUGCUCUGUGCAACGGCAUCUCCCAGUGGGUGCAGCUGAUGGUUCUCAGCCGUCCCACCCCCCAGCUCCGAGCUGAAGUCUUCAUCAAGUUCAUCCAGGUGGCUCAGAAGCUCCAUCAGCUGCAGAACUUCAAUACAUUGAUGGCCGUGAUCGGAGGAUUAUGUCACAGCUCUAUUUCCAGGCUCAAGGAGACAAGUUCACAUGUCCCGCAUGAAAUCAAUAAGGUUCUAGGUGAGAUGACGGAGCUGCUGUCCUCCUGUAGAAACUACGACAACUACCGGCGUGCUUAUGGGGAGUGCACCGACUUCAAGAUCCCCAUCCUGGGGGUGCACCUCAAGGACCUCAUCUCCCUGUACGAAGCCAUGCCUGACUACCUGGAGGAGGGGAAGGUGAACGUCCAUAAGCUGCUGGCCCUGUACAACCACAUCCAUGAGUUAGUCCAGCUGCAGGAGGUGCCCCCGCCCCUGGAGGCCAACAAGGACCUGGUGCACCUGCUGACGUUAUCCCUAGAUCUCUACUACACUGAAGAUGAAAUCUACGAACUUUCCUAUGCCCGGGAACCCAGGAAUCACAAAGCCCCACCACUAACACCUUCAAAGCCACCAGUAGUAGUGGACUGGGCCUCUGGAGUAUCUCCCAAGCCUGAUCCAAAGACCAUAAGCAAACACGUCCAGAGGAUGGUGGAUUCUGUCUUCAAGAACUAUGAUCAUGACCAGGAUGGAUACAUUUCCCAGGAAGAAUUUGAAAAGAUUGCUGCAAGUUUUCCAUUUUCCUUCUGUGUGAUGGACAAAGACAGGGAAGGCCUCAUCAGCAGAGACGAGAUCACGGCCUACUUCAUGAGGGCCAGCUCCAUCUACUCCAAGUUGGGCCUGGGUUUUCCUCACAACUUCCAAGAGACCACCUACCUGAAGCCCACUUUCUGUGACAACUGUGCUGGAUUUCUCUGGGGAGUGAUCAAACAAGGGUAUCGGUGUAAAGACUGUGGGAUGAACUGCCACAAACAAUGCAAAGACCUGGUUGUGUUCGAGUGCAAGAAGCGAGCCAAGAACUCAACAGCUCCCACAGAGAUCAGCACCUCGGUGGGGCCAACGUCCAACCUUUGCUCCUUGGGAGCCAAAGAUCUGCUCCAUGCACCUGAGGAAGGACCUUUUACAUUCCCUAACGGGGAGGCUGUGGAACACAGUGAAGAGAGUAAGGAUCGGACCAUCAUGCUCAUGGGGGUAUCCUCACAGAAGAUUUCUGUUCGGCUGAAGAGGACUGUGGCCCACAUGGCCACCCAGACUGAAGCACUGUCUUGGCCUGGCAGCGAGGGCCCUUCCAGUCACUUUGUGCUGUCAUCCCCAAGGAAGACAGCCCAGGACACUCUGUAUGUACUGCCCAGCCCUACGUCUCCGUGCCCCAGCCCAGUCUUGGUCAGGAAGCGGGCUUUCGUCAAGUGGGAGAACAAAGAAUCCUUCAUAAAAUCAAAGGAGGAGCUCCGUCACCUCAGGCUCCCAACAUACCAAGAGCUGGAACAGGAAAUAAAUACCCUGAAAGCAGAUAAUAAUGCUCUAAAGAUCCAACUGAAAUAUGCACAGAAGAAGAUAGAAACCCUCCAACUUGCAAGAAACAAUCAUGUCUUGGCUCAGAUGGAGCAGGGUGACUGUUCUUAGCCCAGAAACUCAAGAAACACAAACUGUAGAGUAUACCAGAGAUCUCACUUCCUAAACCUCAACACAAAGACCUGGAGAACCUUAGACUGACUGGCUUUAAAAAGGGUACUUUAAAGAAAAGGAGCUACUUUUUUACUUAAAAGAUUCUUACUGUGCAGUAAGGUUUUCUCUUCUAGUCAGUUGAAUCAAAGGGAGGAAAGCUGAAGAAUGCAAAAUAUUUGCAAUUCAUUCCACAAACUUUUUCUCCCCUUGGGACUAAUAUCAAAAGCAUGGUAAAAACAUGACUAUAGUUUUCUGACAAGGUAGCUUCUUCUACAUGACCUGUCCAGCUGCUUCUUUCUUAGACCUAAAAUCCCUGGAAAAUGAAUGUUUCCUUCCCUGGCUUUUUCUGAGGCAUUGUUCCAUCCAAAACUUGCUUAUGAUGGAAAAAUACCCACAUUCCAAAAGGAAAAUCACUUCCUCUGUAUUUCAGCAUUCUUUACGAAUCUGGUUCCCACUUCACUACCUCAGAUCUAAUCAAUUUGCCUUUCCCCUCCUUCCUCACUAUAUUCUUACACAGAGAAGGAUAUCUACCUAGAAGACAACUUCUAGAGUGUAGCCAUAAAUUUGGGGGUGGGGGGCAGGAAGGAGCUAUUAAACAUGACAUCAUCCAAUUACAAGUCAACUCAAUUUUAGUCUCAUAGUCAUGAUAAAA